AUGUCUGGUGAAGACGCCCAAAUCCCUCCAUCAACCAGUGAAUCAACACCUAAUAGAGAUUCAGGUCUUCCUCAAUCGAGUCCCUAUUAUGUGCAUCCGGCUAACAACCCCACAACUGUCAUAUUCACUCCUCUUCUCACUGAUGAUAGCUAUUGCAUCUGGGAGAGAAAAAUCAUAAAAUCCCUAAGUGCCAAAGCUAAACUAGGCUACAUUGAUGGAUUCAUUCCCAAACCGACAGAUCCAAUUGAUCUGCUCCAUUGGACUCGAGCAGAUGAUUUAGUUGGUAGCUGGGUUGAAAACUCCGUUUAUCCAGUUACCAAAUCCAGUGUGAUGUCGUUCCCAUCUGCACGAGCACAAUGGUUGGAUAUUAAAAACCGUUUUUCUCAUACCAAUGCACCAGAGAUUUUUUCCAUGAAACAAUCAAUUUCUUCCCUGAAACAAGAGAAUCUGAACGUUGCGAUGUACUUCACCUAA